UUCAAGUUCAUUUUCAAACAACACUUGGAUAAGUUACAAUAAACAUGACUAGUGCCAACUGCAGCGUCCCGUCUCCAGAUGACCAAAACUAUGAGUACUACAUGUUUCCUACUGUUUCCAUCAUCGCAUUGAUCUUGGGUUUACCUGGAAAUUUAGCUGCACUGUAUUACUUCACUUUCAAGAUAACAUCACGCUCAGCUUUUAGCAUUUAUAUCACCAACUUAGCUUUGGCGGACAUUAUGAUCUUGUGCACUUUGCCAUUUCGAAUCCAAUACCAUCUGAACCAAAACAACUGGGUUUUUGACGACAUCGUUUGCAGAAUUACUGGGACAUUAUUUCAUGCUGGGAUGUACAUGAGCAUCUGUUUCAUGACUUGUAUAUGUGUGGAUCGCUACAUGGCUACGGUCCAUCCACAUGUCUAUUUAAAAUUCCGUAAGGUUUGGUGCGCCAUUGUGGUUAGUAUUGUGCUUUGGUGCGUAGUUGGAGUCGCCAUGCUUGUAUUUGUGCUCAUGGGUGAAUUGAAAACUAAACCUCGAGGAUCAGGACGCUAUAGCUGUUUUGAAAAUUUUGACCAAAAAGAAUGGAAAUCACGUUUAAAAGCUUUUAGCGUAUUUUGUUUGAUUUUUGGAUCUCUGGUGCCCUCGGUAAUUAUCCUAGUUUGUUACCCAGUGGCGGCAAGACGGAUUUCAAGGAUAGGAACCAAAAUAGCGCAAAAAGCAGUUGGAGUAAUCUAUGCGAUACUGGCCAUUACAGCCCUAUCCCUUCUGCCUUAUCAUUUGGUUUAUCUACUACAUGUUUUAGGACACAUUGAAGUCAUUCAAAGUUGUUCUAUGAUAAACAGCAUUCACGUUGCAAGGCGGGUAACCAUUGCUCUAGCCAUCUGUAACACCUUUCUGGACCCUGUGCUUUACUACAUCACCACUGGACACUGCGAAUGGAUACACACUAAAUUGUUCAACAAGAAGAUUACGAGGAAGAGAGGAGUUUAUGUAAUAUCCAUGACAUAAUGUUUUGUACAGUAAUAAUCUUGGAGUAUUCAUGCCAUGGGUUUCUGUUUCCUAUUGUAGGCAACAUUUUGAAGAUUUUUCACUGCUGAAAUGAGAAUUGUUAAGUGUAAUGUCAUUUCCGGUCCCAGCUGACUGAAAACCUGAUUUAUAUGAAUGCAAACAUGAAAACAAUGGGUUUUUUUUAGCAAACAGCACAUCUCGUGGUAAAAAACUGCUUGCAGAUGUUUAACGUCAACAAUGAUAUGAUUAUUACAUCAUGUAAUUAAACACACAUUUUUGAAAGGUAAUUGUCUCUUGUUUGAUGAAUAAGGAACGCAGCACUGUGGCAUUUUGUCAAACAACAAACCUAGAAAUCUGCGCUGAAGUUGCCAGUUGGACCUGGAAGUGAUAUCAUCAUUUAACUAACAAUCUCAGUAUUUUGCUUGGAAUUGUUAAUCACUACAGCAAGAGUCCCAAUUUUUCAUCUCUUUGAAAC